AUGUGUCGAAAUAAUCAUUCUCGUGAAAAUCGAUUAAUACGUUUAAAUGAAAUCAUACGACCAUUACAUACAUUAUCAAAAUUUUUUGGUUUGGCUCCAUAUCAUUUAAAUCUAAAUUCAAUUGAAUCCAUAACAAUAUUAAGUGUGGUCGCAUUUUUAAUACCUUUUUGUAUAAUAUUUGGUAUAUUAAUAUUCAUUGGCCAUUAUAUGGAAUCAAAUUACACGGAAACAAAUAUUAUUGGGUUGAUAUUACGUGUAGAAUUUUAUUUUGGAUUAAUAAUGAUGGCAACAAAUAUUAUUUUUGCUGGAAUCAGACAAAAAAGAUUGCAAUAUACGUUAAAUCAGUUGAAGGGCAUUGAUCAAGCAUUUUCAAAUUAUGGUGUGAUUCUAUUAAACGACACAUUAGACUAUGUUCAUAUUUUGGUCAACAGUGCAUUAAAUUUAAUUGAAUUCUUAAAUAUCAUUGUUGUCAUACAAUUUGUGAACAGUUCAUUGCUGUUGUGGCAACGUUUUAAAUGGCUAAACAUGAAAGCGGAUGACUUAAGAAAUGCAGAAAUCGAUCUUUUUAAAAAUGAUAAAUAUUUAAAUUUAGGGCCAUCAUCUAUAAUUGAAUCGCAAAAUAAAAUUGAAUUUGAUAAACAGUAUCAUAUUUUUAUUAUAAGUCAAAUUCAUGAUAAAUUAUGUGAUGUUUCCAAAAAUUUUAAUGGGGUUUAUUCUGUACAGUUAUUAAUUUCAAUGGCAGCACGAUUUAUAAUAGUUACAGCUGAAUUAAUUAAAAUGUAUAAAAUUUUCAAUAAUUUAAGUGAUACAAUUAUCGUUUCAUUAAUAUUGAGUUUAAUUCGAUUUUUAUUACAUACAUCGAAUAUUUUUAUGAUUGCUAGUGCUUGUUCAUUAACUGAGAAUGAGGCAAAACAGACGGCAAUUAUUUUGCAUAAGAUAUGGGAUCAAUCACAGAAUUUAAAAUCACAAGUGAAGUUUUUUUCAUUACAAGCACAACAUCAAUAUGUGAAAUAUUCCGCUUGUGGAUUUUUUAACUUGGAUUAUACUAUCAUAUACGAAAUGUUGGGCGCUGUUACUACAUAUUUAAUAAUAGUCAUACAGUUUGAUUUAUCCAGACAACAAAAUGAAGAAACAAUGUGCACUCAAAUUUAA